CACAGGUGUCCCGCAGCUUGUGAUCAGGAGCUUUGUGCCACGGCUCGGCUCAGUCUUCCCUCUGCCUAGUGGUUCAACUUCAGGGCAGAAAUGGGUUACAGGACUGUGGUGAUGUACAUGGAGAUUGGCUGCUUCGUGGUGUGUGUGUCUGGAUGGAUCCUGGUCUGUUCCACGAUGCCAACGGAGAUCUGGACUUGGUCCGAAGUUGACAGCAUAGUCCUGACCACUUCAAACUACUUCUCCAACUUGUGGAAGGAUUGUAUAUCUGACUCAACUGGAGUAUCUGACUGCAAAGGAAUUCCAUCAUUGCUUGCACUGAACUGGGACAUUCAUAUGUGUCGAGCUCUCAUCAUAAUCUCUAUCAUCUUGGCUUUCUUUGGGUCAGUUCUAGUCUUAGUGGGAAUGAAGUGCACUAAGGUUGGGGGAUCAGAGAUUGCUAAUGCAAGAGUAACCUUUGCUGGAGGGAUGAACUACCUUAUCGGAGGGAUGUGUUCUAUGACUGCUUUCUCCUAUUAUGGAAACAAAAUUAGAGCAGAAUUUCAAGACCCUAACUUCAGAGCUCAGAAGUUUGAAAUAGGCGUCGGUGUCUUCAUCGGCUGGGGAGGCUCCACCUUACUUGUUGUUGGAGGCCUUAUUUACAGUAUCUUUGCAGGGAGGGAAGGAUGCCAUUCAAGCUCAAAACACUAUCCUGCCUACCGGUUCCCUGAUGCCUACGCAGUUGCCCCGGCAAAAAAGAGCCUUGCUUCUCUGGCUCGUUCUGAGAUUAGUGAGACCAGAAAAUCCAGGAACACCAGUGACACCAGUGACACCAGUGACAUCAGUGACACCAGUGCCAGCAGCAUCUCUGGGGUCACCAGUAUCACCAAGACGACAGCUACUAAUGAAUAUGUGUGACAUAUUAUCAAAGAUUGCAAAUAAUUAUUACUAUUUUCUCAUCUGUGUGCAGGUUUUCUUUUUGGGUACACUGAAUGUUCAAUAUGCAUCAUUUAUAAUAAGUCACCCUAGUGGACUCCUUACAUUUAAUGUCCAGUUGGACUAAGAGAAUGCUAUCAGUUUUCCCUGAACAUAGUUUCAUAUGUCAUGAUCUUAACUCUUGCUCUGAUCUGAGGCAAAAAUUACUGUAUGUUAUGAGUAUGUAAAGAAAUAUAUAAAGAAUUAUCCAUGCAAGAACACAGAUUGAAUGCAUGCUUUGAUCAAACAUUGUUGGAAGCUGUA